AUGGAGGGUCAACCAAUUAAUCGUAAAGAACGCUUAAGAGAAUGGUACUCAGGUUCUGGUGAUGCCCAAAAGGCUGUGGAUAAGGAGGCCGGGGCCACCGCACCGCAGCGGUUGGAGCGGCGAUGCGCGCGCCCCUGGCGGCUGAGGAGCGCAACGGCGGCGGGCAGCGCAGCGGGCGCUCCCUCGGCGCGCAGUCAGUGCCGGUGGGUCGUUGAAGGCGAAGCAGCGCGUGUGCACAGUGCAGACAGCUCCGCCCAGCACGCGUGCCGCCGCCAACGCCGCCGCCGCCGCCGGCCCCGCGCGCCGCCCUCUGGGAUGCAGGAAUCGCCUCCAAGUUUUUUUAUGUCUUAUCUUGUUGCUCUUAAGAAUCGAUCGUCUGACAAACCUGAGGAGCCAAAAUACCCACUACUGCGCGUGAGGAGACGAUGUUGGAAAGCGGCUGCGGGGCCGCUGGCCCGAACGAGAAAGUGCAUCGUGCCGCCGUCGCCGCUCCGUGCGCGUGAUCCUUCGCCGAGAGCCUUCGACGCGGUGCGUCGGGUGGCGCCCCAUUUGGCCUCGCAGCCAAACAGGUCAACAGCUGAAGAACGUUGCAAGCGCAUCGCUGCAACCUCCGCCGCGAAGGCUAAUGAUCGGAAGCUCUACGCGAGUUUCAUUCAAGUUUACUAG